AUGAUUGUCACAAUUGCAGACGGCUUGCUUCCAAGAGGAGAGAAAUGUCCUGAUGAACAGCGAUGGCAAGGGCAUGUUGUGCUGGCCGACUUUGGCUCAUGCCUCAAACUCAACUCUGAUGGGAAAGUUCAAUCGUCAGUAGCAGUAGGCACGCCCGACUACAUCAGUCCUGAAAUUCUUCGAGCGAUGGAGGACAGUCAGGGCAAGUAUGGCCGGGGCUGUGAUUGGUGGUCUCUGGGUGUCUGCCUCUACGAGAUGUUGUACGGGGAAACCCCGUUCUAUGCAGAGUCUUUGGUCGAGACAUACGGAAAGAUUAUGAACCAUGAGGAGGAUGGCGGUGUAGUUGUGUCUGACGACGCCAAGGAUCUUAUGCUGAAGUUGAUCACAACGCCAGACAGGAGGCUGGGUCUGGAAGGAAUUUCGGAUUUCAAGGCACAUCCGUUUUUUGCCGGGAUCGAUUGGGAUAAUAUUCGGAAUUCCAAAGCUCCAUUCAUACCAGAGGUAAAUAGUCCAACCGAUACGUCCAACUUUGAUGUCGACGAUGCUGAUUUCCGAUCUAAUGAAACAGUUCCUCCAACGUCAAACUCGGCAUUCACUGGGAGACAUCUUCCAUUCGUCGGUUUCACUUUCACUUCUAAUAGUCGCCUCUCUGAUUUAGGAUCUUUGAUACUCAGCGAUCACGACGUCACAGAUAUCAUGCCGAAAUCGUCGUCGACAUCGACAUUGACUCAUUCUUCUUCUAAGAAGGUCAAGGUGAAUGGAACCACGGCUGGUAAAAAUGAUCAUGAGCUUCAUAUUGAGAGAUUGGAAAAGGAGAAAAACGAACUGUUGAAACAGCUAAGAGAAGCCGAUCCGUUAUUUGGCGGUCAUCAUCAUCUUCCUCAUCACCACCACCAGCCGAACAGUCCGUCGCAGGGAAUCCCGGAUAGCUCCCAUGUGAUGAUGGAGGAUGAACGUAGGCCAUAUUAUACGCUGGAUAGAUCCUUUAAUAAGGGCAGGCUGGAGAGGGAGAGUCUGAGCAAGGAGCAUGAUGAACUGAGGGAAAAAAACAGACAACUAGUAGCUGAAAUAAAGGAAUUAAAAGUGAAGAUGCAAGCAGACAGUCUAGACUUGAAUGAAAAGUUAUCAGACUCGAAGGUAGUCAGGCAGAAACUGACCAGACAGUUGAAGGAGAGAGAGGAAGAAUUGAGAGAGACGACAACAAAGUUAGACAGAGCGAAAGAUGACCUCAAAAAAUACCUCACUGCCAAUAAAGAGGUCGAGCUUGUUUGCUUGUGUACGCUCCAAGACUCUCUAACAGAGGCUACUUUGGAACUCGACAAGCAACGCAUGUUACUGGAGAAUGCAAACUCGGCGUGCCAGGAAUUUGAGGAAGAACUUAAAUCCUUGAAACAGGACAAAAAAUCCGGCGAUCAAAAAGAUGAAUCGCUUAUGGAGAUUAAUAAAUUGAGAUCUGAGUUAGAGAAAUGUCGCCUGAGGCAUGAAGAGGAAUACACGAGACUGCAACUGAGGUGCAACAAUGAACUGCAGAAGCUGAAGGAUCAGUUGUCGGAGUCUGAUUCACACAGGGUUCAGCUGCAGUCGGAUAUGGAUACCUUGAAGCACUCAUUUGAAUCGGUGAAGAGAGAUCUGACGGAGAGGCAGGAGCUGUACGAAGAGGAGAGAGUGAAGAUGGAGAGAGAGAAGGAUAUCAUGCUGGCCGACAUAAGCAAGAUUAUGGAUGAGUUGGAAUCGUUGCAAACUAGUUACGACACACUGGAAAGCGAAAAGUCUAGUAUAGAAACAGAAUUACAAGAAUUGAAAGAUAAGAAAAUGACACCUCAACAGAUUGAUCAGCAGAUCAAUGACAUCAUCAGUUGGGUGAACGACGAGAAAGAGGCGCGAACGUACUUGGAAGGUUUGGCAAACAGGUUGAACGCAGAACUGGAGGAUAUCAAACAAUCUGGUGUUCAGACUGUUGAUAAGAUGUGGAAGAAUAGAAGAUCGCAGAAGUUAGACAAGAAGACAAUCCUUGAUCUCCAGUCCAGCCUCAACAGUGAAAUACAAGCUAAGGAGAACAUUGGCAAGGAGUUGAGCCUUGCUAAGUCUAAGCAACUUGAAGCUGAGAGUAAAUGCAAAGACCUUGAGAAACAGCUGGAAGAACAUAAGAAAGAGAUUAACAAGAUUCAAGUAGAGCUCAAUUAUGAAAAGGCUAAAGGCAUUGAAAGAGCUUUAAACUGGAGUCAGCUGAUAUACAGCAGCAGUAGUAACACAAAUGGUCCCAUGAAAAGUUUCAUCCACGAUUCUCGAUCUAACAGUGAUGUCAGUGGUGAUAGGAUUAGUAUGGAUAGGCCUGGGUCUGGCAAUAACCUCAAUAAACGAGAUAGUCAUCAGUCGCCAAGUUCAUCCAUAAUUCAACAGCAGCAGCAGCAAACGCCGUCACCACAACAACAGCCACAACAGCAACCACAACAGCCACAGUCGACAAUAACAGCGAAAUCCUUAAAUCGAAAUUCCCAGCAGCUCUCUCCAACGACAUCGACGACGGCGUUUACAACGUCAACGCCGCUGCUACAGGUUUUGAAAAAGCAGCAGCAGCAGCAGCAUAAAUUUUCGACCAUUUCGUUUAAUGAAUUUCACAAGUGUCAGUAUUGUACGUCGUUGCUGUUUGGUCUCGAGAGGCAAGGCAUGGUUUGUGAAAAUUGUUCAUAUUCAUGCCACAUACACUGUGCUAGGAAGGUCCCUCCAAUAUGUCCCAUACCUGCUGAUUUACUAGACCGUCCAAUUGGAAUAGACCCCAACAAAGGCAUUGGUACUGCAUACGAGGGCUAUGCCAAAAUACCCAAACCUGGUGGCAUCCGGAAGGGCUGGAUGAAACAGUUUGUUGUCGUCUGCGACUUCAAAAUAUUUCUCUACGACACGACGUCAGAGAAGUCGAUAGCGUCACAGCAACAACAACAACACGUGACCAACGUCAUCAGUCAGGUGAUCGAUAUGAGAGAUGAAGAUUUCAGUGUGUCAUCUGUAUCAGAGAGUGAAGUUAUCCAUGCUGAUAAAAAAGAUAUACCUUUUAUCUUUAAGAUAAGAACAUCCAUGCUGUCUCCACCUGGCUUGAAGUUCCACCUGCUGAUGUUGGCGGACAACGAGCAGGAUAGGAUGAGGUGGGUUUGUGCCCUCAGCGAGUUGCACAAGGUCCUCAUCAGGAAUAAGAUACCCAAUAAGGCUGUUUAUACAGCAAGACAGAUAUAUGAUGAACAGUUUCCAUCACUAUUCAAACUCAACUCUGUUGCUAUAGCAGAUAAGGAUCGCUUAUUGUUUGGUACAGAAGAAGGGAUGUACUUAAUUGAACUUUCGAAAGAUGUGAUAAUAAAGGUAGGCGAGAGGAACAAAUGUUUUCAGUUAGAUGUCAUCUCAGAGGAGCAAGUCAUCAUUGCUAUCAUAGGAAAACAGAGAACCCUCCACCUCCUCCCGACCUCCAUCCUGGAGUCAGACAGAGGAUUGGAGUCGGCGGUUAAGUUAGAUGAGUAUCGGAGUGUUUCUCUUUUCGUCACAUGUUCACCGUCAUCACGCCAUCAUCCUAGCUCUGUACAGCAGCAACAAAACCAACAAAAACUUCAGCAACAAUCAUCAUCGUUUUCCUCUGCACCUCCACCACCAUCAUCAUCAUCGUCGACCUUCCUAUCAUCGCCUGCCUCGACGACGGGUGCCGUUGGGAACCCCGGAGUGUUGCUGUGCAUCGCCUGCAAGCGAGUCAUCUCUGUCUGCGAGAUUGGCAAGGUAGCUGGAAGGAAGAGGUGUAGAAAGAUUAAGGAUAUCCAAUGCAAGAACGAAGUGCACUGCAUGGACGUGAAGUAUGGAAGGUUGUUCGUCGGCUGCACGUCCUCCUUCUACAUAUACACACUCAUCAAUGAUGGCAGUUCUCUCUCGAUAUCUUUACUGAAUGCUGAUGACCCGUCACUGAAUUACAUAUCUCAAACGCCUGUCACCGCAUACGCUGUCAUGGAGACGCAACAAAAUGAUUACUUACUGGUGUUCUCAACGUACAAAGGCAGUCAUCUGGUUGUACACACUGAGAAUAAUUCUUUCGUAUAUGACAUCGACUCUGCUGAAUGGAUACAAACCAUUCCAUUGAAGAAGACAAAGACAUUAAACCAAGAUGGAUCUAUUGUUUUGUCAUCGUGUUCGGAUCUAUAUAGUCUUAUAUAUCUAAGGAACUUUAAAGACGACAUAGACGACGCCAUAUAUCUGCCGGAUUUGUAUAUUCCAAAGCAGCAGCAACCACAACAGCCACAGCAGCUUUCGUCUGCAAUGGGCAACAGAUUUAAGAGAAAAUUUUCGUUCAAAACGUUGCAAGAAGUUCAAGCCGCUAAAGUGGCGCAAUUGAGGAAAUCCAAAGUAAUAUCGGCUCCACAAAACUUUAGUCACGUUGUCCAUCUUGGUUCCGAUGCUGUUUCCGGUUUGUCGCAGGAGAGCAGCAGCAGUGGCAGCGGCAGAAGCUACGAACGCAAGUCUCGCAUAAUCUCCAACCCGACGAACUUCAGCCACGUUGCUCACAUCGGCCAGAGUCAGGCGUUACCCACUCUAAUCGAUCUACCCGCCAAGACUAACGCAGUCACGGAUGAAGAAAAAAUGGAGCAGAUAAGAUCGCUUCUACAGCAGAAUCUGCAGUACCCCAGCCCCGUGCAACAACUCAACAUCAACAACUACACAAGGUCACCGCCCAACAGCAACAGCACAAGGUCAAGGUCGCCACCGAACAACUCUUCUCUGAUUGGUGCCGGUAGUACUGCCCCAUUUGAUGCAGCGGCAACAGCAGCAGCCACCCAACCACCACAACAGCAGCAACAACAACAACAGCAGCAGCAAGGUUAUUCUGUUAAGCUUAGAGGAAGGUCGAAAAAUUUAUCUGAGGUUACUAAAAAAAUAGAAAACGGAGAACAAAAAGUAACAUAA